AUGCGCCUCCCAACCCUCCUCCUCCUCCCGGCGUUAACACAAGCCUACACCCCGCUCUCGACCUCCCUCCUGCACUCCCUCCCCGCCCCAGCGCAAUCCGACUACGACCCGCAAACCGGCGCCCUCCUCGCCCCGCUCCUAAUCCCGCGCGUGCCCGGCACGGAGGGGCAGACCAAAGCCCAAAACCACUUUGUCUCGUUCUUCAAAACUCACCUGCCGCAGUGGGAAAUCCUCUGGCAGAACUCGACCUCCACGACCCCCGUGACGGGUAACAGGCAACUGCCGUUUGCCAACAUCAUUCUGAGGCGGGAGCCGCCGUGGACUAGGAACAGGCCCGGCGAGGCGUCGUUCCUGACGCUGGUUGCGCAUUACGAUUCGAAGAUUAAGCCGGAUGGGUUUGUCGGGGCGACGGAUAGCGCGGCGCCGUGUGCUGUCUUGAUGCAUGUUGCGAGGCAGGUGGAGGAGUAUCUGGUCAAGAUGUGGGCUUCUGGGGCUGCUGCUGCUGCGGGGGGGGGUGGGAAGGGAGGGCGGGGAAGUAGUGGGAUGAUGGAUCAGGGGGUACAGAUUUUGCUGCUGGAUGGGGAGGAGGCGUUUGACAGGUGGACGGACACGGAUAGUUUGUACGGGUCUAGGGCGCUUGCUGAGGAAUGGGAGACCACGGUGUACCCCGCGCGGUCGACGUUCCAGAACCCGCUGCGGCAGAUCAGCUUGUUCGUGCUACUCGAUCUGCUCGGGGCGGCUAACCCGGAGGUGCCGUCGUACUUCCAGAGUACGCAUUGGGCGUACCAGAAGAUGGCGACACUGGAAGGCCGCAUGAGGCAGGCGGACCUACUGGAGAGCAAGGUUGGGCCUAAGCCCUUUCUUUUUGAGAGCAGUAAGCUGGCGACGCAAUUCAGCGGGGGAGGAUACAUUGGGGACGACCAUGUGCCGUUUAUGAACAGGGGCGCGCCGGUGCUGCAUCUGAUUCCGUCGCCGUUCCCGGCGGUAUGGCAUACCAUGGAGGAUGAUGGAGCGCACUUGGAUAUCCCGACGGUGAAGGAUUGGGCGAGGAUAGUCACGGCUUUUACGUUGGAGUGGAUGGAUGUGCAAAAGACGGAGCCGCAGGGUCCCCUUUCGCUGGAACACCCGCCAACGUCCUGCUCAAUUGCCAAUCUCGCAAACACUUCCCAUCUCCGACCACCGCCACCUGCCCGCUUCGCUGUCUCUAGCGCGCUUAAUAGCCACGCAUCCGUCUUCGAACAUUGCACUGAAGCCAUGGACGGCAAGCGGCAUGCAGCUUCCUUCCAGCAGCUGGAAAAGCUAGGUGAAGGAACAUACGCUACAGUCUUCAAGGGCCGAAACCGACAAACUGGCGAGCUCGUCGCUCUCAAGGAGAUCCACCUGGAUUCGGAGGAAGGCACUCCGAGCACCGCCAUCCGUGAGAUCUCCCUAAUGAAGGAACUCAAGCACGAGAACAUAGUGGCGCUCCACGACGUCAUUCAUACCGAGAACAAGCUGAUGCUGGUCUUCGAGUACAUGGACGGCGACCUGAAAAAGUACAUGGACACCCAGGGCGACCGCGGUGCCCUCAAGCCGCCGGUCAUCAAGUCCUUCAUGUAUCAACUGCUGAAGGGCAUCGACUUCUGCCACAAGAACCGCGUUUUGCACCGCGACCUGAAGCCCCAGAACCUCUUGAUCAACAGCAAGGGACAGCUCAAGUUGGGUGACUUUGGUCUGGCCAGGGCGUUUGGCAUUCCCGUCAACACCUUCUCCAACGAGGUCGUGACACUCUGGUACCGGGCUCCCGACGUUCUCCUUGGCAGCAGAACGUACAACACGAGCAUCGACAUCUGGUCCGCCGGGUGCAUCAUGGCCGAGAUGUUUUCGGGUCGGCCCUUGUUCCCCGGCACAACCAACGAGGACCAGAUCAUCCGCAUCUUCCGCAUCAUGGGUACCCCGACCGAGCGGACAUGGCCGGGCCUCUCCCAGUUUCCCGAGUACAAGACGACAUGGCAGAUGUACGCGACCCAGCCGCUCAGCAGUAUCCUGCCUCAGAUCGACCCCCUCGGCAUCGAUCUCCUCCAGCGCAUGCUGCAGCUCCGACCCGAGCUGCGCAUCUCGGCGGCCGAGGCGCUGACGCAUCAGUGGUUCAGCGACCUGAUGGUGAGCCAGCCGGGGCCAAAGCAACACCCGCAGCACCUUCAGGCUCAGCCUCCGCAGAUGAUGCAUCCCCAUGGCGGUUAUCAGCAAACGGUGCCGAGCCAGGGCGGCUACGGCGGCUACUAG